AUGUCCUCACCAGGUAUGUUCUCACGCCCCGAUGGCACCAACAUCGCCGAAAUCGAUACGACAGAAUUCGUCCAUUGGGUUACGGUAGAUUUCACUAGAUUUGGCGGACGAACCAAGCCUCACAGCGGCGACCGGAUGAUGCGUCUUAUGGCCGAGCAGUGUCGAUCCGGAGUUGCUACUAUUACAUCUACGCCUCUGCACCACACUCAACCAUGCUGUCUCUCGUUGUCCGUCGUGGGGGAUGCUGAGCUUGUACGUGUUCAUAUUCUGUGGCGUGCAGCUGAGAUUGCUGAUUCGCAUUGGGAGGAGAUUAUGGCCGGUAAUCUGUUGGUUGAUACUCAGCGUAUUCUGGGUGAUGAUCCCAGGGGGUCUCGUAAUAAAGUCGACGGGGCUUAG